AUGUACGAGCAACAGACCAGCGAGGAUGAGAAAUGGUGCGUGGCAGUGGUGAGUGGUGACCCUGGCCAGUCUUUGCUGGGGUGGUGCGUGAGGCGGAGUGAUGCAGGGCGCGCUGGUGCCUGUGAAGGACUUUUGGCACAGAAAUUUCGUAUCGUCAGCAUUGAGAGCGCCAUAUUCGACCAGGAUUCCAGGGUGAUCCAGAGCGCCUUCCUGCACGCCAUCCAGCACUACAGUCAAAACACCGCGGGCAGGAGGCUUCAGCUUCACGCCUUUGUGGGCAUCAUCAGUAUGGCGGAUGCCUUCAAGAUCUCCAGACUGAGUGGUAACACGGAGAGCAAGUGGAAGAAACCUUGGGAGACUUCCAUGACUCAGGAACAAUCACACCUCACUGGGAGCCUUGUGACUGAUAGGUGGUUCAGGUGAUGUCACAGAGAGCAAGUAGAAGAAAACCUGGGAGACUUGCUUAACUCAAGAGCAAGAGCCGCACCUCACCGGGGCUCUGCAAUGUGUGGCAGCGACUGCAGGAAUCAACACUUCGGUUUGUCAGCACACAGUUUCAGCAACCUUGUUCAUCAGACUGUUGGUGAAAGACUCCACAGACCGACUGGGAGACAUGACGUCAGUGCCACCACGCAGGGAGUAAAACCAAGAGGAGGAAGAGGAGCAUUCAUGAGACAUCAGCUGGUCAGCAGUCCAUUCAGGUGUGCUUUUCAUUACAUCAUUAUUUGUCCAUAAUUUCCCUUCUGGGGUUGGACAGCCCAUGAGUAUCUCCCACUUGCAGCUGUAGACAAUUUCUUCCUUACUGUUGAGUGUUGUCAUGCCUUCCUCCACACACCAUCUCAAGAUCUUCCCAGUGGUUUCCUUCCAAGUACUCUAAUGCUCUUCUCAGUUUGUGGCCCUGAUUUGUAAGUGCCAGGAAGACCAUGGUGAAGGCAGCCCACAAACCUUCCGUUGGACAUGAGUGGUGAACGGCAGUGAAAAUAUGGCAGUAUCUGAUUCUUUGCACCAAAACACAGUGUGCUUAUUAACAGAUUUAUUCACUGUUCACUCAUUUGCUCAUCUCUAAAGGAGUGAAGAGUGUGCACUGAAUUUCACAACAGGAAGUGAAGGAUGAAGCAUGAAGGUUUUAGGCCAAAAUGAACAGACAGCAAUCAGGAAUGACACGUCCAGCAAAACCCGGCAACACAGCAGUGAGUGUGCAUGCUG